AUGAGGAGGGGUAUCAGGAGGGGUAUCAGGAGGGGUAUCAGGAGGGGUAUCAGGAGGGGUAUCAGGUGGGUAUCAGGAGGGAUAUCAGGAGGGGUAUCAGGAGGGGUAUCAGGAGGGGUAUCAGGAGGGGUGUAUCAGGAGGGAUAUCAGGAGGGGUAUCAGGAGGGGUAUCAGGAGGGGUAUCAGGAGGGGUAUCAGGAGGGGUAUCAGGAGGGAUAUCAGGAGGGGUAUCAGGAGGGGUAUCAGGAGGGUAUCAGGAGGUAUAUCAGGAGGGGUAUCAGGAGGGGUAUCAGGUGGGGUAUCUAGGCCUAUCCAUUGGCAUUGAGUUGUUUACAUAGACCUAGAAUAGUUCUAAAUGCACCAGCACACCAAACUGAAUAAACCCGUCGUAUCAAAACCCGGGUCAAAACCCGCGUAUCGAAAACCCUCUCCUAAAACCCUCAUCGAAAAACCCGCUAUCAAAACCCUCAGCUAAAACCCGCUGCGCUAAAACCCUCAGCGAAAACCCGCGUAUCAAAACCCUCUCUCUAAAACCGCGUCUCUAAACCCGCUCUCUAAACCCUCGCUGCUAAAACCCCAUCUGAAAACCCUCAUCAAAAACCUCUAUCUAAAACCUCGCUCUAAAACCCUCGAGCUAAAACCCUCAUCUAAAACCCCUACAAAACCCCGACGAAAACCCGGCUGCUAAAACCCUCGAGCGAUAAAACCCCUAUCGAAAACCCGCUAGCGAAAACCCCCCAAAACCCGCGUACUAAAACCCUCUAAAAACCCCCUCUAAAACCCUCUCAAAAACCCCGCUCUAAAACCCUCUAUCUGAAACCCUCUAUCUAAAACCCUCUAUCUAAAACCCUCUCUCUAAAACCCUCUAUCUAAAACCCUCUAUCUAAAACCCUCUAUCUAAAACCCUCUAUCUAAAACCCUCUCUCUAAAACCCUCUAUCUAAAACCCUCUCUCUAAAACCCUCUCUCUAAAACCCUCUAUCUAAAACCCUCUAUCUAAAACCCUCUAUAUCUGGUAGCCUUUUGCAUAGAUUAAAGACUUGAAAUAAUUUUAGGCCCCAGACCAGGUAGGCCCAGACCAGGUAGGCCCCCAGACCAGGAGGCCCAGACCAAAGGUUUGGCCCAGACCAGGUAGGCCCCAGACCAGGUAGGCCCAGACCAGGUAGGCCUAGACCAGGUAGGCCCAGACCAGGUAGGCCCAGACCAGGUAGGCCCAGACCAGGUAGGCCUAGACCAGGUAGGCCCAGACCAGGUAGGCCUAGACCAGGCAGGCCCAGACCAGGUAGGCCUAGACCAGGUAGGCCUAGACCAGGUAGGCCCAGACCAGGUAGGCCUAGACCAGGUAGGACCAGACCAGGUAGGCCUAGACCAGGUAGGCCCAGACCAGGUAGGCCUAGACCAGGCAGGCCCAGACCAGGUAGGCCAGACCAGGUAGGCCCAGACCAGGUAGGCCCAGACCAGGUAGGCCUAGACCAGGUAGGCCCAGACCAGGUAGGCCCAGACCAGGUAGGCCCAGACCAGGUAGGCCUAGACCAGGUAGGCCCAGACCAGGUAGGCCUAGACCAGGUAGGCCUAGACCAGGUAGGCCCAGACCAGGUAGGCCUAGACCAGGUAGGACCAGACCAGGUAGGCCUAGACCAGGUAGGCCCAGGACCAGGUGGGCCAGACCAGGUAGGCCCAGACCAGGUAGGCCCAGACCAGGUUAGGCCUAGACCAGGGGAGGACCAAAGGUUUAGAUGUUUCCAGGGUUUAUGGAGUUAGUUUCCUAGUGUGUUUCAACAUGAAAGGGUGACUGGCAUGUAGGGGUUUACAUCCCAAAUGGCACACUAGUCCCUAUAUAGUGCACUUUUUGUCCUAUGGACCCCUGGUCAAAAGUAGUGCCACUGUUUCCCUAUGGACCUUGGUCAAAGUAGUGCACUGUUUCCUAUGGACCUUGGUCAAAAGUAGUGCCUGUUUCCCUAUGGACCUUGGUCAAAAAAUAGUGCAUGUUUCCUAUGGACCUUGGUCAAAAGUAGUGCACGGUUUCCUAUGGACCUUGGGCAAAGUAAGUGCACUGUUUCCCUAUGGAAACCUUGGUCAAAAGUAGGCACUGUUUCCCCAUGGACUUGGUCAAAAGUAGUGCACUGUUUCCCAUAUGGACACUUGGUCAAAAGUAGUGCACUGUUUCCCUAUGGACCUGGGUCAAAUAGUCAGUGCAACUGUUUCCCUAUGGACCCUUGGUCAAAAGUAGUGCCCUGUUUCCCUAUGGGCCUUGGUCAAAAGUAGUGGUUCCCUUGGGGGCACUAUUUCUCUAUGGAACCUUGGUCAAAAUUAGUGCACUGUUACCCUAUGGACCUUGGUCAAAAGUUAGGUGCACUGUUUCCCUAUGGACCUUGGUCAAAAGUAGUGCACUGUUUCCCUAUGGAACCUUGGUCAAAAGUAGUGCACUGUUCCCUAUGGACCUUGGUCAAAAGUAGUGCACUGUUUCCCUAUGGACCUUGGUCUCAAAAGUAGUGCACUGUUUCCCUAUGGACCUUGGUCAAAAGUAGUGCACUGUUUCCUAUGGACCUGGUCAAAAGUAGUGCACUGUUUCCCUAUGGACCUUGGUCAAAAGUAGUGCACUGUUUCCCUAUGGACCUUGGUCAAAAGUAGUGCACUGUUUUCCCCUAUGGACCUUGGUCAAAAGUAGUGCACUGUUUCCCUAUGGACCUUGGUCAAAAGUAGUGCACUGUUUCCCUAUGGACCUUGGUCAAAAGUAGUGCACUGUUUCCCUAUGGACCUUGGUCAAAAGUAGUGCACUGUUUCCCUAUGGACCUUGGUCAAAAGUAGUGCACUGUUUCCCUAUGGACCUUGGUCAAAAGUAGUGCACUGUUUCCCUAUGGACCUUGGUCAAAAGUAGUGCACUGUUUCCCUAUGGACCUUGGUCAAAAAGUAGUGCACUGUUUCCCUAUGGACCUUGGUCAAAAGUAGUGCACUGUUUCCCUAUGGACCUUGGUCAAAAGUAGUGCACUGUUUCCCUAUGGACCUUGGUCAAAAGUAGUGCACUGUUUCCCUAUGGACCUUGGUCAAAAGUAGUGCACUGUUUCCCUAUGGACCUUGGUCAAAAGUAGUGCACUGUUUCCCUAUGGACCUUGGUCAAAAGUAGUGCACUGUUUCCCUAUGGACCUUGGUCAAAAGUAGUGCACUGUUUCCCUUGGACCUUGGUCAAAAGUAGUGCACGGUUUCCCUAUGGACCUUGGUCAAAAGUAGUGCACUGUUUCCCCCUAUGGACCUUGGUCAAAAGUAGUGCACUGUUUCCCUAUGGACCUUGGUCAAAAGUAGUGCACUGUUUCCCUAUGGACCCUUGGUCAAAAGUAGUGCACUGUUUCCCUAUGGACCUUGGUCAAAAGUAGUGCAACUGUUUUCCCUAUGGACCCUUGGUCAAAAGUAGUGCACUGUUUCCCUAUGGACCUUGGUCAAAAGUAGUGCACUGUUUCCCUAUGGACCUUGGUCAAAAGUAGUGCACUGUUUCCCUAUGGACCUUGGUCAAAAGUAGUGCACUGGUUUUCCCUAUGGACCCUUGGUCAAAAGUAGUGCACUGUUUCCCUAUGGACCGUUGGUCAAAAGUAGUGCACUGUUUCCCUAUGGACCUUGGUCAAAAGUAGUGCACUGUUUCCCUAUGGACCUUGGUCAAAAGUAGUGCACUAUUUCCCUAUGGACCUUGGUCAAAGUAGUGCACUGUUUUCCCUAUGGACCCUGGUCAAAAGUAGUGCACUGUUUCCCUAUGGACCUUGGUCAAAAGUAGUGCACUGUUUCCCUAUGGACCCUGGUCAAAAGUAGUGCACUGUUUCCCUAUGGACCUUGGUCAAAAGUAGUGCACUGUUUCCCUAUGGACCUUGGUCAAAAGUAGUGCACUAUUUCUCUAUGGACCUUGGUCAAAGUAGUGCACUGUUUCCCUAUGGACCUUGGUCAAAAGUAGUGCACUGUUUCCCUAUGGCCCCUGGUCAAAAGUAGUGCACUGUUUCCCUAUGGACCUUGGUCAAAAGAGUGCCUGUUUCCCUAUGGACCUUGGUCAAAGUAGUGCACUAUUUCUCUAUGGACCUUGGUCAAAAGUAGUGCACUGUUUCCCUAUGGACCUUGGUCAAAAGUAGUGCACGUUUCCCUAUGGACCUUGGUCAAAAGUAGUGCACUGUUUCCCUAUGGACCUUGGUCAAAAGUAGUGCACUGUUUCCCUAUGGACCUUGGUCAAAAGUAGUGCACUGUUUCCCUAUGGACCUUGGUCAAAAGUAGUGCACUGUUUCCCUAUGGACCUUGGUCAAAAGUAGUGCACUGUUUCCCUAUGGACCUUGGUCAAAAGUAGUGCACUGUUUCCCCUAUGGACCUUGGUCAAAAGUAGUGCACUGUUUCCCUAUGGACCCUUGGUCAAAAGUAGUGCAACUGUUUCCCUAUGGACCUUGGUCAAAAGUAGUGCACUGUUUCCCUAUGGACCCUUGGUCAAAAGUAGUGCACUGUUUCCCUAUGGACCUUGGUCAAAAGUAGUGCACUGUUUCCCUAUGGACCUUGGUCAAAAGUAGUGCACUGUUUCCCUAUGGACCUUGGUCAAAAGUAGUGCACUGUUUCCCUAUGGACCUUGGUCAAAAGUAGUGCACUGUUUCCCUAUGGACCUUGGUCAAAAGUAGUGCAUACAGUGAGGGAAAAAAGUAUUUGAUCCCCUGCUGAUUUUGUACGUUUGCCCACUGACAAAGACAUGAUCAGUCUAUAAUUUUAAAGGUAGGUUUAUUUGAACAGUGAGAGACAGAAUAACAACAACAAAAUCCAGAAAAACGCAUGUCAAAAAUGUUAUAAAUUGAUUUGCAUUUUAAUGAGGGAAAUAAGUAUUUGACCCCUCUGCAAAACAUGACUUAGUACUUGGUGGCAAAACCCUUGUUGGCAAUCACAGAGGUCAGACGUUUCUUGUAGUUGGCCACCAGGUUUGCACACAUCUCAGGAGGGAUUUUGUCCCACUCCUCUUUGCAGAUCUUCUCCAAGUCAUUAAGGUUUCGAGGCUGACGUUUGGCAACUCGAACCUUCAGCUCCCUCCACAGAUUUUCUAUGGGAUUAAGGUCUGGAGACUGACUAGGCCACUCCAGGACCUUAAUGUGCUUCUUCUUGAGCCACUCCUUUGUUGCCUUGGCCGUGUGUUUUGGGUCAUUGUCAUGCUGGAAUACCGAUCCACGACCCAUUUUCAAUGCCCUGGCUGACGGAAGGAGGUUCUCACCCAAGAUUUGACGGUACAUGGCCCCGUCCAUCGGCCCUUUGUGGCGGUGAAGUUGUCCUGUCCCCUUAACAGAAAAACACCCCCAAAGAAUAAUGUUUCCACCUCCAUGUUUAACGGUGGGGAUGGUGUUCUUGGGGUCAUAGGCAGCAUUCCUCCUCCUCCAAACAUGGCGAGUUGAGUUGAUGCCAAAGAGCUCCAUUUUGGUCUCAUCUGACCACAACACUUUCAUUCUUGUACUGUGAUGCCAAAGAAAAAGUAUGGCUGCACAGUUGAUCUAAUUCACACCGAAGUCGCAAUAUUGACAUGGGCAAUAUCCAUAUCGCAAGAGAUCCUUAUCGCAUGCAAUAUUUGAAACGCCACUCAGCUGCGUGUAACGCCGUUUCUUUAUAGUUUACUCUUUUUUUUUAAACUUGCGGUUGCUUCCCACACACACCAAGCCCCGCCCCCUGUCACUCAAGCAGCUCAGCUCCUCCUCCUCUCUGUUAGUUUGCGUGCUGUUCUGUUAGGUCAUGCAGUCAACCGAUUGGUCCAAACAAGAACAAUGCUGCUUUCAACUUUGCUUCUUAGUAGGCACAUUCUCACACUUGCACAUUCUAAAGUGGGCUAGCACCGACCUUAGCCCAGAGGUAGCUGGCCAUGCUCCGGAGCAGGGUUAGCACCGACUUUUAGAGGUUAGCACCAAAAACACGGUGCCAAAAUAGCCAGUGUGAAAUGGGGUCAAGAACAACACCUAGAAUGCUCACUGUCCAAUCACAAAAGCAGCACUUUCACUGAAUUGACAUAUGCUGGUGAUGCCUGUAAUGCCUGUAAUGCGUUUUGAUAAGUCAAUUCAUACGAUAUAAUCCCUUCCAUCUGAGCACAGAAACCAAAAUACUUUAAUUUGUGCAAAAACAUUGGUUGCCAUGACUAACAAAAACGGUUGCUAUGCAGGCUGGCUAACAUCUUCUCACUUUGCAGACAAUUACAUUGAUGGAAGUUACAAUCUAUCUGCAAUAUUAAAGCUGAUCUACCCCCUAAAAAAACAACAACAACAACACAUCUUCUCACUUAGCUAACUAAAGCUACAAGCUGAACAGCUGGAACGGCAGCAAACACUCAAUUAGAAUGUCGGCUGCAUGUUGGGUUUGUCUUAUAUUCUAGAGCUUUGGAAUACAAGCGUGAAUCCUUAGCCCAGGGUUAAAGCUUAGCCCAGGGUUAAAGCUUAGCCCAGGGUUAAAGCUUAGCCCAGGGUUAAAGCUUAGCCCAGGGUUAACAAAUGCUCGUGUGAACACAAUCUAAGAUAGCCCAGGGCCCAGCUCAAUUGGUAGAGCAUGGCGCUUGUAACACCAGGGUAGUGGGUUCGAUCCCCGUGACCACCCAUAUAUAAAAAAAAAUUAUGCGCACAUGACUGUAAGUCGCUUUGGAUAAAAGCGUCUGCUAAAUGGCAUAUUAUUAUUAUUAUUAUUAGACUGGGUGUGAAAAGGCCUAAUAUAAAUCAUUACAUUUCUAUGAUUCCAACAGUUCUCCCAAAUGUUUUCAUCUGUAUCACAAGUCAAAUAGCAAUAUUAAAUUUUUUAUUUUUAAUGCAAUUAGCUGUCUUGCCCAUAUCGUGUAGCCCUAUCCUGGAUGGACAAUACAGUUAUAUUAGAUUAACAAGGACCCUUGGUAGGUAGAGCAGUAUAGCCCUUUAUUGCAAGCUAGAUUUUUGAGAACGUAUAUACAUUUAAGGUUAAAUGAGCUAACCGGCCAGGCUUAUUCUCUGUUUCGAUUGGGUGCAAACAAUGCAAUCUUCCGCCUGGCUAGUGGUAUAGAAGACAUGAGCCUCUGGGUGUAACCCAAAUGGCUCUAUAUAGUGAAUAGGGUGCCAUUUGGGACGUCGCCUCUGUCAAUAGAGAGGGACAAGAGAGAACAUGGCUAUGCUACUUCUCACAGUUAAACGGCGCGGCUCUGUUUUCACACUGACCAGUGUCUUUACACUUAAGUAGAGGACAUUGUUCCUGGUUUGAGAGCUUUACUUUACUCACUCAUUCAGUGUCAUACACAUAGGCUAUGCGAUGCAUGCGUGAACAGGCAUGCACAAACACACAAUCACACACAGACCGCUACUAGUUCAAACACACUCGCACAGCCUAAGUAAAGGGUUUCUUCCCGACAUACCACAGACACAGAGAGACACCCAGCAUGUCAGUUAAAAGAGCUAGUGAUGAUCCGGUCUUCAAGGGAAAUGGAAAGAGAGUCUGUGAAUCAACUUCAGCUUUUGGACGUUAACAAGGUGACACUCCCAUCUUACCUCCUCCUCCAACAUUAACUGGGUUGGUUGAACAGUGCAGAAGAGAAUCUCAACCCCGACAGUUUAUUCUGUCUCGUCAGGACCAGAAAGAAAGAAACCUCAGGUGGGUUUUUUUUUUUUUUAACGCCUGCUAUGUUAGGUUAGUGAUGGUCAGACAGAAUGGACCCUGUGUUUUACUGUGAAGCCCUCCUCACUGAACACAGACGACAACACGCAUUCCUUCAAUCAGAACAUCAAUAGUCACAAUGCCGCCUGCGAUGACUCACCGAAAGGCACCACGCAGCGUUAGGUUAAGGCCUGUCUUGCUUACGUUGGAGAGACAGGAGUGACGUUCACAGGAAUGAAAUGUCUAGAUUGAUUUUUUUCACCGGCAGGAAGGUGGUCUAUUGGUCUAAUUUUUCAAUCCUAGAAAGAGACUAGCCCUUUAUAGCCGACUCACAACCAUUUACCCGAAAAGAAAGUUGCAACUUACAACACUAGGUUAUAGGCCUGCCUUCCUCAUGGUUUGUCCUCUACGUGGGUCAACAGCUCACCAACGUUUUUGGGUGUGUGACUUCAGUGACAAGUCUUCCUACUGAUUUGACUAGCCUGUGUUGGGCAGUGCCAGGGUUGGGUUGUGCGUGUGUGUGUGUGUGUGUUUGGGUGGUGGUAUUGAAACCUGGAGGACAUAGCCAGGGCUGGGGUGGGUGUGUAACUUGGAUGCCAGGGUUGGCUGACUGCUAAACAGAGCUGAACUGACCCUAACCCUGGGGGCUGAAGCAGCACAUCCCAUGUGCAACGACAGAGACCAUGUUUGAUGAGUGGCGAUAGGACAUCAACACCUCAGAUAUUAUGAGGCCGAGGACCACUUUAGUGACACAUCACACAUCAUGUCUGCUUCCCAAAUGCAUCCCAGAUGUGCCACAUCUACAGACCGAGAGGUUCCCUCUUCAACCCUGCCUUACAUGAAGCAUUGUUACAGUAGGCCUAAUAGAAGAAUGACUGUGUAGCCUGUAUACAGCUAAAGGCUAUGGUGCUUAGCCUAGCUACAUUUGGUUUUAAAAUUGGUUGUUUUCUCUCAAUGUUUGUGUCUGGCAUUGAACAUUCAUUAUUGUUUCAAAUGAUCAACCUUCUAGGCUAAACAGAGAUCAACCUACUAGGCUACACAGAGAUCAACUUUCUAGGCUAAACAGAGAUCAAAGUACUAGGCUACACAGAGAUCAACUUUCUAGGCUAAACAGAGAUCAACCUACUAGGCUAAACAGAGAUCAAAGUACUAGGCUACACAGAGAUCAACCUACUAGGCUACACAGAGAUCAACCUACUAGGCUACACAGAGAUCAACCUACUAGGCUACACAGAGAUCAACCUACUAGGCUACACAGAGAUCAACCUACUAGGCUACACAGAGAUCAACCUACUAGGCUACACAGAGAUCAACCUACUAGGCUACACAGAGAUCAAAGUACUAGGCUACACAGAGAUCAAACUACUAGGCUACACAUAGAUCAAAGUACUAGGCUACACAGAGAUCAACCUACUAGGCUACACAGAGAUCAACCUACUAGGCUACACAGAGAUCAAAGUACUAGGCUACACAGAUAUCAACCUACUAGGCUACACAGAGAUCAACCUACUAGGCUACACAGAGAUCAAACUACUAGGCUACACAGAGAUCAACCUACUAGGCUACACAGAGAUCAACCUACUAGGCUACACAGAGAUCAACCUACUAGGCUACACAGAGAUCAAAGUACUAGGCUACACAGAGAUCAACCUACUAGGCUACACAGAGAUCAACCUACUAGGCUACACAGAGAUCAACCUACUAGGCUACACAGAGAUCAACCUACUAGGCUACACAGAGAUCAACCUACUAGGCUACACAGAGAUCAACCUACUAGGCUACACAGAGAUCAACCUACUAGGCUACACAGAGAUCAACCUGCUAGGCUACACAGAGAUCAACCUUCUAGACUACACAGAGCUCAAACUACUAGGCUACACAGAGAUCAAAGUACUAGGCUACACAUAGAUCAAGAUACUAGGCUACACAGAGAUCAACCUACUAGGCUACACAGAGAUCAACCUACUAGGCUACACAGAGAUCAACCUACUAGGCUACACAGAGAUCAAAGUACUAGGCUACACAGAGAUCAACCUACUAGGCUACACAGAGAUCAACCUACUAGGCUACACAGAGAUCAACCUUCUAGGCCACACAGAGAUCAAACUACUAGGCUACACAGAGAUCAAUCUACUAGGCUACACAGAGAUCAACCUACUAGGCUACACAGAGAUCAACCUACUAGGCUACACAGAGAUCAAAGUACUAGGCUACACAGAGAUCAACCUACUAGGCUACACAGAGAUCAACCUACUAGGCUACACAGAGAUCAACCUUCUAGGCUACACAGAGAUCAAAGUACUAGGCUACACAGAGAUCAACCUACUAGGCUACACAGAGAUCAAAGUACUAGGCUACACAGAGCUCAACCUACUAGGCUACACAGAGAUCAACCUACUAGGCUACACAGAGAUCAACCUUCUAGGCUACACAGAGAUCAAAGUACUAGGCUACACAGAGAUCAAUCUACUAGGCUACACAGAGAUCAAAGUACUAGGCUACACAGAUAUCAACCUACUAGGCUACACAGAGAUCAACCUACUAGGCUACACAGAGAUCAACCUACUAGGCUACACAGAGAUCAACCUUCUAGGCCACACAGAGAUCAAACUACUAGGCUACACAGAGAUCAAUCUACUAGGCUACACAGAGAUCAACCUACUAGGCUACACAGAGAUCAACCUACUAGGCUACACAGAGAUCAAAGUACUAGGCUACACAGAGAUCAACCUACUAGGCUACACAGAGAUCAACCUACUAGGCUACACAGAGAUCAACCUUCUAGGCUACACAGAGAUCAAAGUACUAGGCUACACAGAGAUCAACUUUCUAGGCUAAACAGAGAUCAACCUACUAGGCUAAACAGAGAUCAAAGUACUAGGCUACACAGAGAUCAACCUACUAGGCUACACAGAGAUCAACCUACUAGGCUACACAGAGAUCAACCUACUAGGCUACACAGAGAUCAACCUACUAGGCUACACAGAGAUCAACCUACUAGGCUACACAGAGAUCAACCUACUAGGCUACACAGAGAUCAACCUACUAGGCUACACAGAGAUCAAAGUACUAGGCUACACAGAGAUCAAACUACUAGGCUACACAUAGAUCAAAGUACUAGGCUACACAGAGAUCAACCUACUAGGCUACACAGAGAUCAACCUACUAGGCUACACAGAGAUCAAAGUACUAGGCUACACAGAUAUCAACCUACUAGGCUACACAGAGAUCAACCUACUAGGCUACACAGAGAUCAAACUACUAGGCUACACAGAGAUCAACCUACUAGGCUACACAGAGAUCAACCUACUAGGCUACACAGAGAUCAACCUACUAGGCUACACAGAGAUCAACCUACUAGGCUACACAGAGAUCAAAGUACUAGGCUACACAGAGAUCAACCUACUAGGCUACACAGAGAUCAACCUACUAGGCUACACAGAGAUCAACCUACUAGGCUACACAGAGAUCAACCUACUAGGCUACACAGAGAUCAACCUACUAGGCUACACAGAGAUCAACCUACUAGGCUACACAGAGAUCAACCUACUAGGCUACACAGAGAUCAACCUGCUAGGCUACACAGAGAUCAACCUUCUAGACUACACAGAGCUCAAACUACUAGGCUACACAGAGAUCAAAGUACUAGGCUACACAUAGAUCAAGAUACUAGGCUACACAGAGAUCAACCUACUAGGCUACACAGAGAUCAACCUACUAGGCUACACAGAGAUCAACCUACUAGGCUACACAGAGAUCAAAGUACUAGGCUACACAGAGAUCAACCUACUAGGCUACACAGAGAUCAACCUACUAGGCUACACAGAGAUCAACCUUCUAGGCCACACAGAGAUCAAACUACUAGGCUACACAGAGAUCAAUCUACUAGGCUACACAGAGAUCAACCUACUAGGCUACACAGAGAUCAACCUACUAGGCUACACAGAGAUCAAAGUACUAGGCUACACAGAGAUCAACCUACUAGGCUACACAGAGAUCAACCUACUAGGCUACACAGAGAUCAACCUUCUAGGCUACACAGAGAUCAAAGUACUAGGCUACACAGAGAUCAACCUACUAGGCUACACAGAGAUCAAAGUACUAGGCUACACAGAGCUCAACCUACUAGGCUACACAGAGAUCAACCUACUAGGCUACACAGAGAUCAACCUUCUAGGCUACACAGAGAUCAAAGUACUAGGCUACACAGAGAUCAAUCUACUAGGCUACACAGAGAUCAAAGUACUAGGCUACACAGAUAUCAACCUACUAGGCUACACAGAGAUCAACCUACUAGGCUACACAGAGAUCAACCUUCUAGGCUACACAGAGAUCAACCUACUAGGCUACACAGAGAUCAAAGUACUAGGCUACACAGAGAUCAAUCUACUAGGCUACACAGAGAUCAAACUACUAGGCUACACAGAGAUCAACCUACUAGGCUACACAGAGAUCAACCUACUAGGCUACACAGAGAUCAAAGUACUAGGCUACACAGAGAUCAAACUACUAGGCUACACAUAGAUCAAAGUACUAGGCUACACAGAGAUCAACCUACUAGGCUACACAGAGAUCAACCUACUAGGCUACACAGAGAUCAAAGUACUAGGCUACACAGAUAUAAACCUACUAGGCUACACAGAGAUCAACCUACUAGGCUACACAGAGAUCAAACUACUAGGCUACACAGAGAUCAACCUACUAGGCUACACAGAGAUCAAACUACUAGGCUACACAGAGAUCAACCUACUAGGCUACACAGAGAUCAAAGUACUAGGCUACACAGAUAUCAACCUACUAGGCUACACAGAGAUCAACCUACUAGGCUACACAGAGAUCAACCUUCUAGGCUACACAGAGAUCAACCUACUAGGCUACACAGAGAUCAAAGUACUAGGCUACACAGAGAUCAAUCUACUAGGCUACACAGAGAUCAAACUACUAGGCUACACAGAGAUCAACCUACUAGGCUACACAGAGAUCAACCUACUAGGCUACACAGAGAUCAACCUACUAGGCUACACAGAGAUCAACCUACUAGGCUACACAGAGAUCAAAAUACUAGGCUACACAGAGAUCAAACUACUAGGCUACACAUAGAUCAAAGUACUAGGCUACACAGAGAUCAACCUACUAGGCUACACAGAGAUCAACCUACUAGGCUACACAGAGAUCAAAGUACUAGGCUACACAAAUAUCAACCUACUAGGCUACACAGAGAUCAACCUACUAGGCUACACAGAGAUCAACCUACUAGGCUACACAGAGAUCAACCUACUAGGCUACACAGAGAUCAACCUACUAGGCUACACAGAGAUCAAACUACUAGGCUACACAGAGAUCAACCUACUAGGCUACACAGAGAUCAACCUACUAGGCUACAUAGAGAUCAAAGUACUAGGCUACACAGAGAUCAACCUACUAGGCUACACAGAGAUCAACCUACUAGGCUACACAGAGAUCAACCUACUAGGCUACACAGAGAUCAACCUACUAGGCUACACAGAGAUCAACCUGCUAGGCUACACAGAGAUCAACCUUCUAGGCUACACAGAGAUCAAACUACUAGGCUACACAGAGAUCAAAGUACUAGGCUACACAGAGAUCAACCUACUAGGCUACACAGAGAUCAACCUACUAGGCUACACAGAGAUCAACCUACUAGGCUACACAGAGAUCAAAGUACUAGGCUACACAGAGAUCAACCUACUAGGCUACACAGAGAUCAACCUACUAGGCUACACAGAGAUCAACCUUCUAGGCUACACAGAGAUCAAACUACUAGGCUACACAGAGAUCAAUCUACUAGGCUACACAGAGAUCAACCUACUAGGCUACACAGAGAUCAACCUACUAGGCUACACAGAGAUCAAAGUACUAGGCUACACAGAGAUCAACCUUCUAGGCUACACAGAGAUCAAAGUACUAGGCUACACAGAGAUCAAUCUACUAGGCUACACAGAGAUCAAAGUACUAGGCUACACAGAGAUCAACCUACUAGGCUACACAUAUAUCAACCUUCUAGGCUACACAGAGAUCAAAGUACUAGGCUACACAGAGAUCAACCUACUAGGCUACACAGAGAUCAAAGUACUAGGCUACACAGAGAUCAACCUACUAGGCUACACAGAGAUCAACCUACUAGGCUACACAGAGAUCAACCUACUAGGCUACACAGAGAUCAACCUGCUAGGCUACACAGAGAUCAACCUUCUAGGCUACACAGAGAUCAAACUACUAGGCUACACAGAGAUCAAAGUACUAGGCUACACAGAGAUCAAAGUACUAGGCUACACAGAGAUCAACCUACUAGGCUACACAGAGAUCAACCUACUAGGCUACACAGAGAUCAACCUACUAGGCUACACAGAGAUCAAAGUACUAGGCUACACAGAGAUCAACCUACUAGGCUACACAGAGAUCAACCUACUAGGCUACACAGAGAUCAACCUUCUAGGCUACACAGAGAUCAAACUACUAGGCUACACAGAGAUCAACCUACUAGGCUACACAGAGAUCAAAGUACUAGGCUACACAGAGAUCAAUCUACUAGGCUACACAGAGAUCAACCUACUAGGCUACACAGAGAUCAACCUACUAGGCUACACAGAGAUCAAAGUACUAGGCUACACAGAUAUAAACCUACUAGGCUACACAUAGAUCAACCUACUAGGCUACACAGAGAUCAAACUACUAGGCUACACAGAGAUCAACCUACUAGGCUACACAGAGAUCAAACUACUAGGCUACACAGAGAUCAACCUACUAGGCUACACAGAGAUCAAAGUACUAGGCUACACAGAUAUCAACCUACUAGGCUACACAGAGAUCAACCUACUAGGCUACACAGAGAUCAACCUUCUAGGCUACACAGAGAUCAACCUACUAGGCUACACAGAGAUCAAAGUACUAGGCUACACAGAGAUCAAUCUACUAGGCUACACAGAGAUCAAACUACUAGGCUACACAGAGAUCAACCUACUAGGCUACACAGAGAUCAACCUACUAGGCUACACAGAGAUCAACCUACUAGGCUACACAGAGAUCAACCUACUAGGCUACACAGAGAUCAAAAUACUAGGCUACACAGAGAUCAAACUACUAGGCUACACAUAGAUCAAAGUACUAGGCUACACAGAGAUCAACCUACUAGGCUACACAGAGAUCAACCUACUAGGCUACACAGAGAUCAAAGUACUAGGCUACACAAAUAUCAACCUACUAGGCUACACAGAGAUCAACCUACUAGGCUACACAGAGAUCAACCUACUAGGCUACACAGAGAUCAACCUACUAGGCUACACAGAGAUCAACCUACUAGGCUACACAGAGAUCAAACUACUAGGCUACACAGAGAUCAACCUACUAGGCUACACAGAGAUCAACCUACUAGGCUACACAGAGAUCAAAGUACUAGGCUACACAGAGAUCAACCUACUAGGCUACACAGAGAUCAACCUACUAGGCUACACAGAGAUCAACCUACUAGGCUACACAGAGAUCAACCUACUAGGCUACACAGAGAUCAACCUGCUAGGCUACACAGAGAUCAACCUUCUAGGCUACACAGAGAUCAAACUACUAGGCUACACAGAGAUCAAAGUACUAGGCUACACAGAGAUCAACCUACUAGGCUACACAGAGAUCAACCUACUAGGCUACACAGAGAUCAACCUACUAGGCUACACAGAGAUCAAAGUACUAGGCUACACAGAGAUCAACCUACUAGGCUACACAGAGAUCAACCUACUAGGCUACACAGAGAUCAACCUUCUAGGCUACACAGAGAUCAAACUACUAGGCUACACAGAGAUCAAUCUACUAGGCUACACAGAGAUCAACCUACUAGGCUACACAGAGAUCAACCUACUAGGCUACACAGAGAUCAAAGUACUAGGCUACACAGAGAUCAACCUUCUAGGCUACACAGAGAUCAAAGUACUAGGCUACACAGAGAUCAAUCUACUAGGCUACACAGAGAUCAAAGUACUAGGCUACACAGAGAUCAACCUACUAGGCUACACAUAUAUCAACCUUCUAGGCUACACAGAGAUCAAAGUACUAGGCUACACAGAGAUCAACCUACUAGGCUACACAGAGAUCAAAGUACUAGGCUACACAGAGAUCAACCUACUAGGCUACACAGAGAUCAACCUACUAGGCUACACAGAGAUCAACCUACUAGGCUACACAGAGAUCAACCUUCUAGGCUACACAGAGAUCAACCUUCUAGGCUACACAGAGAUCAAACUACUAGGCUACACAGAGAUCAAAGUACUAGGCUACACAGAGAUCAAAGUACUAGGCUACACAGAGAUCAACCUACUAGGCUACACAGAGAUCAACCUACUAGGCUACACAGAGAUCAACCUACUAGGCUACACAGAGAUCAAAGUACUAGGCUACACAGAGAUCAACCUACUAGGCUACACAGAGAUCAACCUACUAGGCUACACAGAGAUCAACCUUCUAGGCUACACAGAGAUCAAACUACUAGGCUACACAGAGAUCAACCUACUAGGCUACACAGAGAUCAAAGUACUAGGCUACACAGAGAUCAAUCUACUAGGCUACACAGAGAUCAACCUACUAGGCUACACAGAGAUCAAAGUACUAGGCUACACAGAGAUCAACCUACUAGGCUACACAGAGAUCAAAGUACUAGGCUACAAGGCUCAUAUCAGUAUAAUAGUUUAGAUAUUGCAUACCAGUUCACCACCUAUCCUAUGUCUAUAUUUAAUCUAUGUAUCCUACAUAUUCUAUAGCAUGUUUCUAUGGUCUCCCAUCUCUGGUAGUACAGAGGGGUGUUUUCUGUUAGGGUACCAGCUAGCAUUCCAGGUUGACUCUUUAGCAGCUCAGAAAUGUUAACAGUUUUCUCUUUCACACACACACACGCACACACACACACACACACACACACACACACACACACACACACACACACACACACACACACACACACACACACACACACACACACACUUCCUGCUAGCUAGGUUUGUACAGGUUGUGGUCUCUCUCUCUCCCAGUUCAAACAAACCAGGUGUGUUUCUGCAUUAAAAGUCAUUCUGCUGCUGCACCACUGAAGCCACUUCACACUUUGACAUUUUCUGAAGUGAAGGCUAACACAUGUUUUUGUCAUAGGUGCUUUUGGAAGCGCUAGCAGACAGCGCUCACAGAAAUUGGCAUUCUCCUUGAGGCAAGAUUGUGGGGGGUUUUCUCCAAACCUUGGAAAUAUACAGCCUUUGGAGAAAAAAUCCUACAAUAAAUAAAAUGUUAAAAUCAAUAUGAUUGUGUUUUUCAAAUGUGAAGUUUGUUUGCAGAGAGAUAGAGAGAGAGAGAGAGAGAGAGAGAGAGAGAGAGAGAGAGAGAAGAGAGAGGAGAGAGAGAGAGAUAGAGAUGAGAGACGAUGAGAGGACGAUGGAUCAAGAGUCUGACUCUCUCGUAACCGAGAGGAGAAGAAGAGAGAGAGAUAGAUAGAGAAGAGAACCCUUUUGAAGUUGCAGUAAUCCACCCAUCCAUCUGUAGUCUCUGUUGUGUUGCCCCCACCCUCUUCACUCCUCCAUAGCAUUUCCAGAACCUUCCCUCUGUAUCUGUCUAGGACACGCUACACAGAGCAGUUGUUUUAAUGGAGUUAAAACCAACCUGGUGGGACAGCCUCCCACCACAACCCAAUGAGAAAAGGAAGACUAUCUUUCCCUGGUUGGUUUACAACUCAAUGCUAUUGACAUCCCUUGCCCCAAGGAAACAUGGCAAGCUGUUUUCUCUGCUUCUGCUCCUGCAGAUUAGUGCACACACACACACACACAGUUUUCUAUCAUUGUCUUGAAUGCAACAACUGCCGUCCUAAGCUUCUCUAACUCCUCUUCCUAAAUCCUCAUUCCUAACUCCUCUUCCUAACUCCUCAUUCCUAACUCCUCUUCCUAACUCCUAUUUCCUAACUCCUCAUUCCUAACUCCUCAUUCCUAACUCCUCAUUCCUAACUCCUCAUUCCUAUCUCCUCAUUCCUAUCUCCUCAUUCCUAUUCCUCAUUCCUAUCUCCUCAUUCCUAUCUCCUCAUUCCAUAACUCCUCAUUCCUAUCUCCUCAUUCCUAACUGGUCAGAUUACACGGCAAUGCAGGAAAACUCCUAGACCUAGGCAGCCAAUUGCAUCUUUCACUCAAAGCCUUAGACAUUAACCUUAGCUUAAAUGUGUGGAUCUUAAAUUAUCUGAAAGUUGGAAACCCAUCAGCGAGUUGCUCCAGAUUUUAGGUGAUCAGGUUUCAGCAGGGUGUAUCAGUGAGUCUGUUCUAGAUGUGAGGUUAGCUAGUGUUCAGCAGGGGUACAGUGAGUCUGUUUUCUAGAUGUGAGGUUAGCUAGGGUUUCAAGCCAGGGUGUAUCAGUGUUCUAGCUGUGAGGUUAGCUAGGGUUCAGCAAGGGUGUGAAUCAGUGUUCUAGAUGUGAGGGUUAGCUAGGGUUUCAGCAGGGUGUGAUCAGUGUUCUAGAUGUGAGGUUAGCUAGUGUUCAGCGGGUGUAUCAGGGGGGGUAGGUCAGGGGUAUCAGUGAGUCUGUUCUAGAUGUGAGGUUUAGCUAGGGUUCUUCAGGGUGUAUCAGAUGCAGUCUGUUCUAGUGAUGUUGAGGUUAGCUGGGUGGUAUCCAGGGUGUAUCGUGUCUAGAUGUGAGGUUAGCUAGGGUUUAUCAGGGUGUAUCAGUGUUCUAGAUGUGAGGUUAGCUAGGGUUCAGCAGGGUGUAUCAGUGAGUCUGUUCUAGAUGUGAGGUUAGCUAGGGUUCAGCAGGGUGUAUCAGUGAGUCUGUUCUAGAUGUGAGGUUAGCUAGGGUGUAUCAGGGUGCAUCAGGGGAGGGUCUAGGGACCGGGGGGGUGGGGGGGGGGGGGGGGGGGGGGCUGUGCCUACUGUGAGAGAAGAGGGGUACUAAGAUGCCAGCUGUCAACCAACUGUCCCCUACCAACUGUGUGUGUGUGUCGUUCCCCUACCAACUCCCUGUCUGCCCAGCUGUCUUGUCUGUCUCAGCAUUAGGGACUCUAGGGUUUCUAUGAAAUCUGUUGAAUUUUUUUGCCUGAUGCUGUUUGUGUUUUUUUCUUCUUCGGGAUUCCGGUUUACCCCCAUUUUUUUUUUCACGUUUUCACUCUUAAAAUCACACGUUUAUAACAGAAAAACAACACAAUUGGAUGUUUUAAGUCCACAACAAUGCUUAAAUCACAUCAGGAGACCACGUCAGGGUAAAAAAAAAAAACAGCAUCAGGCAAAAAAUUCUACCCUUUAAUGCAACUGUGCACCAGCAGGAGACUGUUGGGUUAGUGGUGUUUCUGUGGCGAUCAUGUGAUUGCAGAGUUUGAUAAACAAAUGGCCGCUGGAUUGAUGCAAAUAAUGAUGAUGUCAUUCUGCCAGGUCGGCAUAACCUACUUUGUCUUUCUAUCUCUACCAGAACAAGGUUAUUGUUAGCAUCAUCGCUAACCGCUACACAGAGUGGAGACGUACGCACCACACACUCAGACAGACAGGGGCAUUCCUGUACCGUUUCACAAAGUUGCAAUACAUUUUAUUAUACUGUUGAAAUCAGUUUUAAUGUCUGGAUUCAAAUCAAAUCAAAUUGUAUUUGUCACAUGCACCAAAUACAACAGGUGUAGACCUUACAGUGAAAUGCUUGUGGUCCUCUGUAGCUCAAUUGGUAGAGCACGGCGCUUGUAACGCCAGGGUAGUGGGUUCGAUCCCCGGGACCACCCGUACGUAAAAAUGAUUGCACGCAUGACUGUAAGUCGCUUUGGAUAAAAGCGUCUGCUAAAUGGCAUAUUAUUAUUAUUACUGACAAGCCCUUAACCAACAAUGCAGUUUUAAGAAAAUAGAGUUAAGAAAAUAUUUACUAAAUAAAGUAAAGGCUAUACACAGGGUACCGAGUCCUAGUCCAGUAAUCUACCCCAAUGCCCCUAGUCCAGUAAUCUACCCUAGUGAUCCUAGUCCAGUAAUCUACCCUAGUGAUCCUAGUCCAGUAAUCUACCCUAGUGAUCCUAGUCCAGUAAUCUACCCUAGUGAUCCUAGUCCAGUAAUCUACCCUAGUGAUCCUAGUCCAGUAAUCUUCCCUAGUGAUCCUAGUCCAGUAACUACCCAGUGAUCCAUUUCCCGUAAUCACCCUAGUGUCCCAGUCCCAGUAAUUACCCUAGUGUCCUUUCCAGUAAUUUCCCCAGUGAAACCCCAGUCCCCUAAAUCUACCCCAGUGAUCCUUAAAAUCCCCCGUAAUUCCCCAGUGAUCCCAGCCCCGUAAACCCUUUCCCCUUGGGUCCUAGUUUCCCUAAUCUUACCCUAUGAUCCCAGUCCAGUAAUCUACCCUGUGAUCCUUUGUCCAUAAUCUUUUCCCCCAGUGAUCCUAGUCCAGUAAUCUUCCCCCUUUAUCCCAGUCCGUAAUCUUCCCCAGUGAUCCUAGUUCCCGUAAUUACCCCAGUGAUCCCAGUCCAGUAAUCUACCCUAGUGACCCAGUCCAGUAAAUUUCCCCAGGGGUCAGUCCAGUAAUUUUUCCCUAGUGGGUCCUAGUCCAGAAUCACCCCAAAAUGAUCCCAGUCCAGUAAUCUACCCUAGUGAUCCUGUCCAGUAAUCUCCCUUGUGAUCCUAGUCCAGUAAACUACCCCCAUGCCCCCUAGUCCGUAAUCUACCCUAGUGCCCCAGUCCCGUAAAUUUCCCCCAGUGAUCCUAGUCCCGUAAUCUUAAACCCCAUUUAAACCUAGUCCAUUAAUCUACCCCCCCGUAAAUCCUUCCAAAAAUUUUAAACUACCCCAGUUUUUUUUUAUCCUUCCAUUCCCCGUUUUAAAAUUUUUUCCCCAUUUUUUGGGCCCCCAGGGUUUCCCUGUAAACUUCCCCAUGAUCCUAUUUCCCGUAAUCUUCCCCAUUUUUUCCCAGUCCGUAACCCCACCCUAGUGCUUUUAAACCCCGAAACUACCCCAACCCAAUCCCUUUAAACCCACCCCAUUAAAACCCCAUUUCCCUUUAAAACAUAAAAACCCCCAAAUCUCUUACCCUUCCCGUUUCCCGUUUAAAAAAAAGGUCCCAACCUAAUUUACCCCCUUUACCCCUUUGUCCCUUUUGCAGAAACCCUCUUAUCCAGAGCGACUUACAAUAGUGCAUUCACCCUUAUAGCCAGUGGGAUAACCACUUUACAAUUUUAAAAAAUUGUUUUUAAUUUUUUUUUUUUGGAGGGGGGGGGGGGGAGUUGGGGUAAGGGGGGGUAGAAGGAUUACUUUAUCCUAUCCCAGGUAUUCCUUAAAGAGGUGGGGUUUCAAAUGUCUCCGGAAAGUGGUGAGUGACUCCGCUGUCCUGGCGUCGUGAGGGAGCUUGUUCCACCAUUGGGGUGCCAGAGCAGCGAACAGUUUUGACUGGGCUGAGCGGGAACUAUGCUUCCGUAGAGGAAGGGGAGCCAGCAGGCCAGAGGUGGAUGAACGCAAUGUCCUCAUUUGGGUGUAGGGACUGAUCAGAGCCUGAAGGUACGGAGGUGCCGUUCCCCUCACAGCUCCGUAGGCAAGCACCAUGGUCUUGUAGCAGAUGCGAGCUUCAACUGGAAGCCAGUGGAGUGUGCGGAGGAGCUGGGUGAGGUGAGAGAACUUGGGAAGGUUGAACACCAGACGGGCGGCUGAGCCCAGCCAACAGCGAGUUGCAGUAAUCCAGACGGGAGAUGACAAGUGCCUGGAUUAGGACCUGUGCCGCUUCCUGUGUAAGGCAGGGUCGUACUCUCCGAAUGUUGUAGAGCAUGAACCUACAGGAUCGGGUCACCGCCUUGAUGUUAGCGGAGAACGACAGGGUGUUGUCCAGGGUCACGCCAAGGCUCUUUGCACUCUGGGAGGAGGACACAACGGAGUUGUCAACCGUGAUGGCGAGAUCAUGGAACAGGCAUUCCUUCCCCGGGAGGAAGAGCAGCUCCGUCUUGCCAAGGUUCAGCUUGAGGUGGUGAUCCGUCAUCCAUACUGAUAUGUCUGCCAGACAUGCAGAGAUGCGAUUCGCCACCUGGUUAUCAGAAGGGGGAAAGGAGAAGAUUAGUUGUGUGUCGUCAGCAUAGCAAUGAUAGGAGAGGCCAUGUGAGGAUAUGACAGAGCCAAAUGACUUGGUGUAUAGCGAGAAUAGGUGAGGGCCUAGAACUGAGCCCUGGGGGACACCAGUGGUGAGAGCACGUGUUGCGGAGACAGCUUCUCGCCACGCCACUUGGUAGGAGCGACCGGUCAGGUAGGACGCAAUCCAAGAGUGAGCCGCGCCGGAGAUGCCCAGCUCGGAGAGGGUGGAGAGGAGGAUCUGAUGGUUCACAGUAUCAAAGGCAGCAGACAGGUCUAGAAGGACAAGAACAUACAUAGCCUAUAGACUGUGUACCUAGACCUGUUUGUCAAAGGCUCUUCGUCCUUCAUCAACAUAUCUCUUACAUGUUUAAAUUAACAUUGACACAUAGCCUGCUGUGUAGGAUACCCCUGUGCGUGUUCUCCUAUUUGUCUGGUAUCAUCUGUGCAGGAGUUUUGCUGGCUCUACUUCCUUCCUCAUAUCCAAGGUCCUCCUCUCUCUCUGCAGAGGUCUGUGUGUGUCAGUCUCUGUACUCUGCUCCUAGAUGUAUGUGUCAGUCUCUGUACUCUGCUCCUAGAUGUAUGUGUCAGUCUCCGUAGCAGUAGACCAUCUCUUCGUGUUUAAGAUCUGCAUAGCCUGUGUCCUCCUAUUUCUCUAGUGCAACCCUGUCUUUGGCUCCUCUGCCUUCGUCAUGCUGUAUAUCAAUGGCCAAAACCACCAGGAUUCAUAUAUAAGAAAGCCUACUAGGGCUUUGGCCUAUACUAGAUUCAAUACAAAAAUGUUUAGACUGUUAGAUCAAAGCCAAAUAAGAAAUAUGUUUUCAUUGUUGGAAACUGCUUCCCAUACAUUUUAAAUAGAUGGAUUUUUUUAGGAUACAUGAUACUGUAUAUGUUAAAUGCAUUAUUUAAAUGUAUUUAAUGUAUUUCAAAAUACAUUAAAGAAUGUAUUUAUCGAUAUAUUUGGUAAAUAUAUAUAUUUUUAAAUAUUUGGAAAUGUUUUGUAAAAUAUAUUCCAACAUGCAUUUAAAUGUAUUUGUAAGAAAUAUUUUUUUUUAAAUUCAAAUUAGUGAUGUUACGUUUGAUACCGUAGCUUAGCAGGUAGAGUAAGGAACUAUGUAACAUUUAGGGACAUGAGGGUAUGAGGUUGAAUCCCAUUGAAGGCACACUAUUUUGAAAAUUGUUUUAUGUGAAACGACACUUUCUGCACUGUUGUUCUAAUAAUUCAUUUUAUUUAGUAUAGUAUAAGCUUCUGUCUUAAAGGGAUCCAUUUACCAUACAGUCCACGGAAACGUUGUCUUUCGCUUUUUUAACCCAACCCCUCAUCACACAAGCACAGUUUAGAGGGAUGACCAGCAGUUUCCAGCAGAUUCUGUUGUUCUUUUAGUUUCAUUGGCUCUAUAGUUCCGUGUUUCUACAGUUCUACAUUUCACAUUUACAUUUCAGUCAUUUAGCAGACGCUCUUAUCCAGAGCCACUUACAGUUGAAUGCAUACUUUAUUUUUUUCAUUUUUUUAUUUUUAUACUACAGUUCUACAGUUCUAUAGUUCUACAGUUCUACAGUUCUACAGUUCUAUAGUUCUAUAGUUCUACAGUUCUAUAGUUCUACAGUUCUACAGUUCUACAGUUCUACAGUUCUACAGUUCUACAGUUCUAUAGUUCUACAGUUCUACAGUUCUACAGUUCUAUAGUUCUAUAGUUCUAUAGUUCUACAGUUCUACAGUUCUAUAGUUCUACAGUUCUGCAGUUCUAUAGUUCUACAGUUCUAUAGUUCUACAGUUCUAUAGUUCUAUAGUUCUAUAGUUCCGCCACAAACCGUGGUUAUUUAUUGUUUUUGUGUUCCAAGUUCCAAGAAACGCCGCCUGGUCCGUCCUCUCCCAUUUAUUCCUUCAUAAUUCACAGACUCAUUGGAGUGUUGCUAAGAAUAGCUCGUUAUUACGUUUCUUGGCAUGGAGAUACACACCACAUUAUGGUGCACACAUAUGGUGGAAGGAUGCUCUCCUCCUACACCCUCCUACAGUAUGCUCAGUUGACCUGUAGAGUUUAAGAGUUGUUUUCCUGGAAAAAAUAUUAAAUGUAGGCCUAGUUCUGGACUAAAUAGAGAUUCUCUAUUAAACAGGAUUUUUAGUCCAGUAAUCAGAAUCCGGGAAACCGACCCUAAAUGUAUGCUAAUCUGCCUUGAAGAGAUGUUCUGAGCGUCUGUGUGGCGCCAAUCCUCCCUGGCCCUGUCGCCAGUCUUCUUAGCUCUCCCACUCCUCCACAUUCUAUCUGUGUUGUCCUGUUAUAGGAAUCCCUCCCUCCCAGUCACCUCGUGUCUCCUCUCUUCUCACCCUGCCUGCCUACUGCCAUUAAUAGAAAUGGUAUCAGCUGUGUCUCUGGUUCUACUGGGAGACGUUGAAGGGCAUGUGGCGUGUUUGACCGAGAGAGGCUCUGACAGGACAGGAGGCCUUAUCCCAUUGGCUAUUAUAGGAAUUCCACCAGUCAGUGAGUCUAGUCGGAUAUACUCCAGUCGCCUGACGGGUUAGCCUAAUUACACUGGGUAUGGAAUCUCCUAGAGGACUAGGGGGCGCCCCCCCCCCCCCCCCCCCCCCCCCGGCUUGUGGUCUCAACUCCUCUCAUCUCUCUGACCGUCUUCUGGGCAAUCGGGGGUCUACUACCAGCCUGACUCCCGAGUGGCGCAGUGGUCUAAGGCACUGCAUCGCAGUGCUAGCUGUGCCACUAGAGAUCCUGGUUCAAAUCCAGGCUCUGUCGCAACCGGGAGACCAAUGGGGCGGUGCACAAUUGGUCCAGGGUAGGGGAGGGAAUGGCCGGCAGGGAGGUAGCUCAGUUGGUGGAGCAUGGCAUUUGCAACGCCAGGGUUGUGGGUUCGAUUCCCACGGGAGGCCAGUAUUAAAAUAAUGUAUGCACUAACUGUAAGUCGCUCUGUAUAAGAGCGUCUGUAAAAUGUUAAUAUCCAUAGAAACAGCCUCUAUAGAGAUGGCUGGAGGUGGGCUCUGUUGAUGUCGUGUAAAGCUUCCCCCAGACGUCAAACUAUCCAUAGUGACAGUUAGCCUAGUGUUGUGGGAAAUAGCCUAGGCAAAAAGAAUAAACAGAAUAAAAUCUGGACAUUACAUGGUGCUUAUCUUUCCGAUUAAUUUUGGACAGAGGAUCCAGAACAUAGCCGGGUGGACUGCUCGACAGAUGGCCUGGGACGUGGACUUAUCUAAAACAUAACACCACUUUUGAAGUCUGAAAACAUCUGACAAACUUUGGUUUUUAGGGUGAACUGUCUCUUUAAGGAUUGUGUUACAUGCUACUCUGCAUUCCUUCUUAGGGCAGCAGCAGCUCUCCAUUAAAACGCCGCAUUAUGCACAAGCUGGGGCUGGCCGUCCGUUUGACUGGUUUUACACUCAUUCAUUCAAGCAACGAAGUUAGGCGUUAAUCUAGGAUAGAUGAGACAUGGUUUGAAGUAGCCUGAGAAAAAUGAAUUACAGGAGAUACAGAUACUUUUAAUAUCAUCAACUCACACCAAAGACUGUGUUGUUCUUGUUGCCUCCUUACUAGGUUGUGAUAUAGGCUAAGGCUAUUUCCAUACUGUCUUCAUUGGUUUAAAGAGAGAGGACUAGCCUCUCUGCACAAGGAAAGCAUAGUUAUUCUAAAGCAUUAGGGCUAGAAGCAGACCUAGGCCUAAGUUAGUUUGUCACAUUUUUGCCUCGUCCCCCGUUCCAUGUCCAGUGUGUGAAUGUUGCUGUUUUUAAUUCAGAGACAUUCAUCGCCUGAAAACGUUAAUCUCUGCCUGGUUACAGAACCAUUAUGCUGCCAUCCAAAAAAAUUAAAAUAUAUGACAUCAUCACAUAACCUUCUUUACUUUAGAUGACAUGGAGUUCAGGGGAUAAUAAUGUUUAUUUAUACUGAUGGCCCUUGGAACAGGAUAGUUCAACUGGGGGGAACUUGUCACUAUAUUUACACCUCAGUCAGAAAGUGUUAUCUGUCAGACAGGACAGGAAUGCUUUAUUUAAAGCUAGGCUACAUUCUGGGAUUCCAAAGCGAAAACAAAAAUAAUGGGGUCCUCGCCACUUGUUUUGUUUUUUUAAGCAGCUGAGGGAUGAGGUCCUCUGUAGCUCAAUUGGUAGAGCAUGGCGCUUGUAACGCCGGGGGUAGUGGGUUUCGAUCCCCGGGACCACCCGUACGUAAAAAUGUAUGCGCACAUGACUGUAAGUCUCUUCGGAUAAAAGCGUCUGCUAAAUGGCAUAUUAUUAUUAUUAUUAUUAUUAUUAUGAGCCUGUAUGAACAGCUUCCCAGAUCAGACUGUAGAUAUUUCAUUCCCUUGUUAUACCAGUUUAGCUUAGCUUAGCCUAAUGAUCCCUGUGUGUAAUUGUUCACCCUGAAUAUUCCAUGACCCUCUUUAUUGUCCAAUACAAAUACACCAUAACUUUAAACACCGUGCUGUUUUAUAUAUGGCUAUAUUCAGUAUCGCGUCGAAUCAAAUGUUAUUGGUCGCGUACACAUAUUUUCUAGACGUUGUCGCAGGUGCAGCGAAAUGCUUAUGUUCCUAGCUCCAACAGUGCAGCGAUACGUGAAAAUACAAAAUAAUACACACAAAUCAAAAAUAUAUAUACUAGACACAGUAUGACAGUAGACAGCAGAACACAUUAAACUAACAUAACAUCAUGACGUUGUAUUGCCAUUUUCCAAAAUAGACGGCAGAAUAUAUUUCUCCCUUCUGUAUGAAUACCUUGAGCAUGACGUGAGUUAUUCUGGAAGUGUGAAGGUCUGGUCUGGAAAUUAGAGUCAUACACUGUGGAAUCUCUGUAUAGAGCAGGAACCUAGGUAUAGGAACCAAGGAAGUUUUUUGCAGAUAUCCCAACGGUUGUAUCACAACUAAAGUUGCAUAAAUAACUCUAAAUUAAGCGUAUCCAGUGCAUUCGGAAAGUAUUUAGACCCUUUCAAUUUUUCUACAUUUUGUUAUGUAACAGCCUUAUUCUAAAAUGGAUUACAUUGUUUCCCCCCCCCCCCCCUCAUCAAUCUACACACAAUACCCCAUAAUGACAAAGCGAAAACACAUUUUUUAGAAAUGUUUACAAAUGUAUACAAAAUAAAAAACAGAAAUACAUUAUUUACAUAAGUAUUGAGACCCUUUGCUAUGAGACUAGAAAUUGAGCUCAGGUGCAUCCUCAUUCCACGCUGGACAAAAGUGUCACCAUGGUGCCUCCAGGAACUGCCUGCCACCCCGCAAUGCUGUGACCUGGUUCAAUUAGACUGUCUUUCAGACCAGGAACUGCCUGCCACCCCGCAAUGCUGUGACCUGGUUCAAGCAGACUGUCUUUCAGACCAGGAACUGCCUGCCACCCCGCAAUGCUGUGACCUGGUUCAAGCAGACUGUCUUUCAGACUCUUCACCUCUCCCUCUCCUUUCAUCUCCCAGGCAUCUACAUACACACGCACAUGCAUGCACGCAAAUGCACACGCACACACACACACACACACACCACUCCUAGCCACCCACCACUAUUUAAAUCUUAAUCUCUGUGCUUUGGGCAGUGGACUGCAUCAGCCAUCAGAACUGGCCUCUCUCUCUCUCUCUCUCUCUCUCUCUCUCUCCCUCUCCCUCUCCCUCUCCCUCUCCCUCUCUCUCUCUCUCCCUCUCCCUCUCCCUCUCUCUCUCCUUCACAAAGACCCAGUCAGUCAGUAUGGACGGUACAGCCAAAGACCCAGUCAGUCAGUGUGGACGGUAAAGCCAAAGCCCAGGUCUGUGUGCCUGUAGACCCCUGUGAUCUGGCCUCCUUUUGAUGAAAAGUCUCUUUUUGAUGUGCGAAGGCUAUCAGGAAGCCAAAGACCAUUCCAUUCCACGGCUCAGAGCUCACAGCCAGCUCAGGUUCAGCCUCUGGAUGUGUCCCAAAUGGCACCCUAUUCCAUAUCCCUACAUAGUACACUACUUUUGACCAAAGCCCCAUGGACCCUGAUCAAAACUAGUGCACUACAUAGGGAAUAGGGUGGCAUUUCGGACGCACAUCGGACUCUGAAUCAGUUUUGGGGAGGGUGAUCGUUGAUGCCUGUCUGACGGACUCUGUGUCUUUUCUGCUGAUUUAGAUGACAAGGUCUCAGGUCUCUCCUUGUGCCGGGGUGACAGGUGACGGGUCGGCUGAUCAAGAGAGGAAUGCAGCGAUGUGAUGACGGACGUUUUACCCUCUGAAUAGCCCUCUUCACUUCUCAGAGUGCUGAAAGGAACUCUUUAUCUAUCUGCUAGUCUACCAGAGAGGAGACCGUUCAAAUCCUCGUCCCAAAUGGCACCCUAUUCCCUAUAUAGUGCACUACUUUUGACCAUAUCCUUAGGGGCUCUGGCACCCUAUUCCCUAUAUAGUGCAAACUCCUUUUUGACCAUAUCCUUAGGGGUUCUGGCACCCUAUUCCCUAUAUAGUGCACUACUUUUGACCAUAUCCUUAGGGGUUCUGGCACCCUAUUCCCUAUAUAGUGCACUACUUUUGACCAUAUCCUUAGGGGUUCUGGCACCCUAUUCCCUAUAUAGGCACUACUUUGACAUAUCCUUAGGGUCUGGCACCCUAUUCCUAUAUAGUGCACUACUUUUGACAUAUCCUUAGGGCUCUGGCACCCUAUUCCUAUAUAGUGCACUACUUUUGACUCCUUAGGGGCCCUCAAAUAGUAGGUGCCAUGCUCUUAUCUGCAGCCACUCCGUCAGGCCACUCCCUUGUCCGUCAGGCCACUCCCGCCAGGCCACUCCUCCAGGCCACUCCCUGGUGCAGCAGGCCACUCCGCGUCAGGCCACUCCCUGUUCAUCAGGCCACUCGCCAGGCCACUCAUUACCACUCCUUGGUCAUCAGGCCACUCCGCCAGGCCACUCCCUGGUGCAUCAGGCCACUCCCAGUCACUCUAGGCCUUGUGUCAGGCCCCGAACUCCUGGGCAUGGCACUCGCAGCACCGGUGAUCAGAGUUGCUCCCUGUAUAGGCCACCUGUUACCUAAGCUUGUCGUAUCAACAAGGAGAAGGUGAUUAUAUGGUAUCAACAAUGACGGAUUAUAUGGUUCAGGGAUUCUGAUUCUGGAAUCCUGUGUGACUUCAACUCAAUUACCGGGGGCAAAAGGUUUCACUGCAGUUUUCACUGCAGCCACAUUUUUCAGUGAUUGUUUUCACAAAACAGACGACAGCUUUUUGGUUGUUUUCUAUGAUAAUACGUCUUAUUCAUUAGGCCUCAUAUUUGACACUUUCUGCCAAAAAAUACAUGUUUUUAGUUGGUAUUUUCUUAGAUUCUGCACUGUUGUUAACAGUCUGUUGAUUAAUGUAGAACUUGGCUACAUGCAGUAAAUUACAGGCAAAGCAGAGCUUAGGAAACAGCAUGGUAUUCUGGUGGGUUUAGGAACCAUUUAGUUCUCCUGUAAAGUUUAGGCUGAAUUACAUUCUCCUCUCCACUGGGGAAUGAUCAACCCUCAAGAGCAUGUGACCACGUCCCUCUCAGUCACUUCUCUCCCUUCUCCUCUUCUCUUGUUUCUCUCACUUCUGUCUUGCCCUCUCCCAAUGCUGUCUUGUGUUCCUCUAUCUCCUCUCUCAAUCCUCUCUCCUUUCUCCUGUUCUCCCUCUCCCAAUGCUGUCUUGUGGUCCUCUAUCUCCUCUCUCAAUCCUCUCUCCUUUCUCCUGUUCUCCCUCUCCCAAUGCUGUCUUGUGUUCCUCUAUCUCCUCUCUCAAUCCUUUCUCCUGUUCUCCCUCUCCCAAUGCUGUCUUGUGUUCCUCUAUCUCCUCUCUCAAUCCUCUCUCCUUUCUCCUGUUCUCCCUCUCCCAAUGCUGUCUUGUGUUCCUCUAUCUCCUCUCUCAAUCCUUUCUCCUGUUCUCCCUCUCCCAAUGCUGUCAUGUAUUCCUCUAUCUCAUCUCUCCCACCUCUCUCUCUCUCCUUCCAUAUCUCUCCCACCUCUCUCUCUCUCUCUCUCCUUCCAUAUAUCUCCCACCUCUCUCGCUCUUCUUCAUAUACUCCUACCCCUCCCUCUCUCUCCCCCAUUCUCUCCAGUCCCCUCUGCUCCUCCAAUUCUCCACCCUCUCUCCCUCCAUAUCCCUCCCACCUCUCUCCUCCUUCCUACUCUCCAUUUCUCUCCCCUCUCUCUCUCCUUCCAUAUCUAUCCCACGCUCUCUUUCUCUCUCCCACCUCUCUCGCUCUCCUUCCAUAUCUCUCCCACCUCUCUUCCUCUCCUUUCAUAUCUCUCCCAUUCCUCUCUCCUCCCUUCCAUAUUUUCCCACUCUCUCCCUCUCCUUCUUAUCCUCCCACCCUCUCCUCUCCUUCCAUAUCUCUCCCACCUCUCUCUCUCUCCUUCCAUAUAUUUCCCACCUCUCUCCCUCUCCUUCUUUAUCUCUCCCACCUCUCUCUCUCUCCUUCCAUAUAUCUCCCACCUCUCUCUCUCCUCCUUCCAUAUAUCUCCCACCUCUCUCUCUCCUUCCAUAUCCUCCCCAUCCUCCCCCUUCUCUCUCCCCUCUCCUUCCAUAUCUCUCCCACCUCUCUCUCCCCUUUCCAUAUCUCUCCCACCUCUCUCUCUCCUUCCAUAUCUCUCCACCCCUCCCUCCCUUCUCCUCCUCCCACCUCUCUCCUUCUCCUCUCCACCUCUCUCUCCCUCUCUCUUCACCCACCCUCUCUCAUCUCCUUCCAUACUCUCCCACCUCUCUCUCUCCCCAUAUCUCUCCCAAUCCUUAUCUCUCUCCUCUCCAUAUAUCUCUCCACCCUCUCCUCUUCCUCUCCACCUCCUCUCUCUUCCUAUCCUCCCACCUCUCUCUCUCUCCCUUCCUAAGACUCUCCCUCCCACCUUUCUCCUUCCAUAUCUCUCCCACCUCUCUCUCUCCUUCCAUAUCUCUCCCACCUCUCUCUCUCCUUCCAUUACUCUCUCACCUCUCUCUCCUUCCAUAUCUAUCCCACCGCUCUCCUUCUCUCUCCCACCUCUCUCUUUCUCUCUCCCACCUCUCUCUUUCUCCUUCCAUAUCUCGCAGGCAGAGGUCAGUAAUCCAUAUCAGAGUCCAAACAGGAGACAAAGGGCUGUUUGAUCCUAGACACAUGAAACAUGGGAUGUAUACGGAGGGUACGGGGCAACAGAAGACGAACAGCAGAGGGGCUAAUGAUCUUGGAGAUGGGGAAAGGGCCAAUAAACCGGGGGGAAAGUUUGCGGGACUCCACCCGGAGGGGCAGAUCUCGGGUGGACAGCCAUACCUUCUGCCCAAGACGAUACCGGGGAGCCGGGGUCUCCGGUGGCAGUCCACUUGUCGUUGAUACCUGGAGGUGGUCUUGAGAAGAGCCGACCGGGCUCUCUUCCAGGUACGACGACAGCGGCGGACAAACAUCUGGGCCGAGGGUAUGCCGACCUCUUCCUCUUGCUCCGGGAAGAGGGCCUGAUAUCCCAGGGAACACUCAAAGGGCGAAAAACCCAUGGCAGAGCAGGGAAGGGUGUUGCGGGCGUAUUCGACCCACACUAGUUGCUGGCUCCAGGUGGUGGGGUUGGCGGAGACCAGGCAGCGCAGAGUCGUCUCCAGGUCUUGGUUGGCUCGCUCCGACUGGCCGUUGGACUGAGGAUGGAAACCGCGCCUCCCGGACAUGCUUCCCUAUUCCCCAACUGAGUGCCGUCGCCAAGCACGAGGUGGGAAGGAUGGUCUCGGAUUCCGGGGGUGUAGCCGCAGGGCUAUAGCGGCGUGACAGCGCAUCUGGCUUGACAUUCUUGGAUCCCGGUCGGUAUGAGAGGGAGAAGUUGAACCGGGUGAAAAGCAGGGCCCACCUAGCUUGCCUGGAAUUGAGACGCUUGGCGGUGCCGAGAUAUUCCAAGUUCUUGUGAUCUGUCCACACAAUGAACGGAUGUUCCGCCCCCUCCAGCCAGUGCCUCCACUCCUCUAUCACCAUCUUCACCGCGAGAAAUUCAAGAUUCCUCUCCAUGGUGUUGAGGCGAUGGGAGAAGAAGGCGCAGGGAUGUAACUUGAGGUCCAGGGCUGAACGCUGGGACAGGACCGCCCCCACUCCGACAUCCGAAGCAUCGGCCUCCACCACGAACUGGCGGGACGGGUCAGGAUGAACCAAGAUGGGAGCAGUGGUGAAACAGUGUUUGAGGUCCCGGAACGCCCGGUCAGCAGCUGGGGAGCAUGUGACCGGAACCUUGGGAGAGGUGAGUGCAGACAAGGGGGGAGCCAGGGUGCUGUAACCCCGAAUAAAGCGGCGAUGAAAGUUGACAAAUCCCAGGAAACGUUGCAGCUGCACUCUGGACGUAUGCUGUGGCCAAUCCACCACCGCUCUCACCUUCCCGUGAUUCAUCGGUACACUCCCUGCUGCGAUGAUGUACCCCAGGAAGGGGAUGGUGGAGCGAUGGAAUUCGCAUUUCUCCACUUUCACAAAAAGCUGGUUCGCCAGGAGGACUUGUCGGACGUGGAGCACGUGUUCUUGGGCAGAGCGGGAGAAGACAAGGAUGUCGUCGAGGUAGACGAAGACGAACCAGUUCAUCAUGUCGCAGAGAACAUCAUUAACCAGGGCCUGGAACACAACUGGUGCAUUGGUAAGGCCAAAUGGCAUGACCAGAUACUCGUAGUGACCGCUGGCUGUGUUGAAGGCAGUCAUCCACUCGUCCCCCUCCCGUAUCCGCAGCAGGUGGUAGGCGUUCCGUAGGUCCAGCUUGGAGAACACGUUGGCCUCUGGAGUGGCUCGAAGGCUGAGGAGAUGAAUGGUAGCGGGGAGCGGUUCUUCACCGUGAUGUCGUUGAGGCCCCAGUAGUCGAUGCACAGGCGCAGGGUUUUGUCCUUCUUCUCCACAAAUAAGAACCCUGCGCCGAACCCGACAGCGACUUCACUUGUCCCCGGGGCGGAGUGGUGCCUGGGAGAAGGUUGAUUCCACAUUCGUAGGGUCGGUGCGCCGGAAGCGAAGUGGCCCGGGCCUUACUGAACACCUCCCGGAGGUUCUGGCAGGAAUGGCGGAGAGGUCAGAGGCAACUUCCGAGCCCCCAGGAAGACGUCCCGGGGCAGGCUGCACUGACUUCAGACAAUGAGCGUGGCAGAACGGGCUCCAGCCCAUGAUGGCACCGCUACACCAGUCAAUAAGGGGGUUGUGUCGCUGGAGCCAAGAGAAACCCAGUACCACGGGAACCUGAGGAGACUUAAUUAGAAGGAAUUGGAUCGUCUCGCUGUGGUACCCUGAUACUCGUAGGUUGAUGGGGUUGGUAUUGUGGGUGACCAGGCCUAUAGAGUGCCCGUCCAGCGCUCUAACGUCUAUGGGAUGGAGAAGGGCUGAGUGGGUAUCGUCCAUAAAGCUCUCAUCGGCCCAGAGUUGAUGAGUACCCGGAGAGAUUUCAACUGGUUCCACCACAGCAAGAUGGCAUGAAAGGGGGUGCGAGUAAGGGGAGAGGAAAAGCUAUCCGUAUGGCCCACCAGAGUGCUCGCUCCUACCGGUGAGCCUGGUCUUUUAGUGGACAAGUGGACACAAAAUGGCCAGUAGUCCCACAACAUAGGCAACUCUUUGUGUGAAGCCUGUAUUGUCGUUCGGCUGGAGACAGCCUGGCUCUGCCUAGUUGCAUCGGCUCGGGAAGAGGUGGAUCGGCAGACUUCGGAGACUCUCGGGGGAACUCGAUUAGCCUUGGGUUCUCUCGGCAACGGAGCCGUCGGGGACUUCCGGGAUGCCUCUGAGGCGAGGUGGGAUCAGACUUCCUCUCCUUCCUACAUUCGCGUAGUCGCCCAUCGAUCCGAAUGGUCAAGGCGAUGAGCGAGUCGAGAUCCGUCGGUAGUUCCCGGGCUGCAAGCUCGUCCUUUACUUCCUACACACUCAGCUGCAAACGUGCGGAAAUCCACUGCAUAGUCUGCCACACUGCAGAAUUCUUGCCGAAGCUGUGGUAACUUCCGGGCAGCCUCUCUCCCGGACAAUGGAGCAUUGAAAACCUUUUUUACCUCCUGCAUGAACUCCUCCAGACUGAAGCAUACGGCAGACUGUUGUUCCCAUGCUGCCGUAGCCCAGGCGAGAGCCCUCCCAGACAUCAGCGUGAUGAGGUACGCUAUCUUAGAGCGGUCCGAGGGGAAUGAAGAAGGCUGCAGCUCGAUGAUGAGCGAACACUGAGCGAGAAAUGCCCGACAGGUUCCCGAAUCUCCAGCGAUGCGUUCCGGGGGAGGUAAGCGGGGUUCUCGGGAAACCGGAGUGGCCGGGGAGGCUGCGCUGCUAACAUCCGGGUUACUGAGGGGCUGGGAGGUUACCGUUGUGGUAGGCUGCCUAACAGACAACCCGCGGAAUUGCUCCAGCAAAAUGUGUUAAACGCUCGGUCAUGGCGUUCGGCCAAGGUCUGGAACCCUUCCAUGAGACCACGAAGCAACUCCUCGUGCCUUCCAAUGGUGGCUGCUUGGGAAGAGAUGGCGUUGCGGAGCUGGUCCGAGUCUGCUGGGUCAGUCAUGGCCAGUACGUACUAUCACGUUUCAGGAGAAGACCCAGUUGCAGACAGUGUCGAAGUAACAAAAGUUUAUUACAAAAACAGGUGGCAGGCAAACGACAGUUCAAGGGCAGGCAGAGGUCAGUAAUCCAGGUCAGAGUCCAAAAGGUACAGAACGGCAGGCAGGCUCGGGGUCAGGGCAGGCAGAAUGGUCAAAACCGGGAAAACUAGAAAACAGGAACUUGAGAAAAACAGGAGCAAGGGGAAAACCGUUGGUAGGUUUGACGAAACAAAACAAACUGGCAACAGACGACAGAGAACAGAGAACACUGGUAUAAUGGGGAAGAUGGGCGACACCUGGAGGGGGGUGGAGACAAUCACAAAGACAGGUGAAACAGAUCAGGGUGUGACACUCUCCUUCCAUAUCUCUCCCACCUCUCUCUCUCUCUCUCUCCUUCCAUAUCUCUCCCACAUCUCUCUCUCUCUCUCUCCUUCCAUAUCUCUCCCACCUCUCUCCUCUCUCUCCUUCCAUAUCUCUCCCACCUCUCUCUCUCUCUCUCCUUCCAUAUCUCUCCACCUAUCUCGUCUCCUCUCUCUCUCUCUCCUUCCAUAUCUCCCCCCUCCCACCCCCCUCUCUCUCUCCUCUCCCCAAUCUCUCCCCCUCUCUCUCUUUCCUUCCCAUUCUCUUUUCCUCCUCCCCCACUCUCUUCUCUCUCCCCUCUCCUUCCCUCUCUCCCCCCUCUCUCUCUCUCUCUUCCCUUCCCUCUCCCCCUCCUUCUCCAUCUCCCUUUCCCCCCUCAAUCCCCUCAUCCUCUCUCUUCCUCUCCUCCCUUUCCCUUCCCCUCUCCCCCCCCCUCUUUUCUCCGUCUCCUUCUCCUUCUCUCCAUUCCCUCCCACCUCUCUCUCUUCUCCUCCUUCCCUCUCGCUCUCCCCCUGCGACCUCCCUCUCUCUCUCUCGUUCUCUUCCAACCCCCCCCCCCCUCUCUCUCCCCAUAAUCUCCCUCCCACCUCUUCUCUUUUUCUCCUCUUUCCCUAUCUCCCCCCACUCUCUCCCCCUUUCCUUCCAUAUCUCUUUUUCUUUCCCCCCUCCUCUCCCCCCUCCUUUCCCCCCCUUCUCCUUUUCCCCCCCUUUCCCCACCCACCUCGUCUCUUUCCCCCUUCUCCCUCUUCUCCCCCAAAAUCUCUCUCCUGUUCCCAAUUAGCCAACAUAAUCCUCUUUCCCUCUCCCGGGCUGCGUCAAAAAGACCCCGACGGACGGAGGGGCUGGAAAGUCCGACCUAAGAACACGUCAUCGAGCCAUUCGGUCUUACCGGGACAGGGAGGGACAAGAGGGGCCAAACACAAGUACAAAACCCCCCGGGGGCCCCCCAGGGGCGCGCGAGACCGAACCCGGGCUCAGGUCCUCUCUCCCCCGGGGGGGAACGGCUCUACCAUGCCUCGCUCCGCGUGCGUCUCUCGAAAACCCUCACGGGCGCCCCCGGGCCCUCUCUCAUCUCCCUGCCGCUCUCACUCAAAGGUGCGUCUCCCGAAAUGGAAAGAACAGGGGGGUCGGAAAAGUCUCGGGGGUCCGGGCGUCCUCAAAAUUCGGGACGAACAGAAAAAAGAGUGUCUUCUCUUUUCGGGGUCUGAGGAAAAAAAGGGGGAAAGGGUCAUCCUUCUCUCUCUCCUCAUCUCUCUCUCUCUCUCUCUCUCUCUUUCUCAAUACCACCUCUCUGGUUCAGUUGUUUCCCUGAGCUCCCAGUAGAGAGGAGCUGAGCAUGCCCUCCAGGGAAAUCAGCUGUGUUGAUAUGUGGAGCUGGCCCCCCUACUCCACACACACACUAACCCUCUCCUCUCCUUUGUAGCUCCAUCCUUUUCUCUUUUCUCCCCUGUAUGAAUAACAGCCCUGAGUUGAGCUUACCAGCCAGGCCCAAACAAUGGAAAAGGCAUGCAUUCAUCCCACGUCUCACUAGUCAAUGGGAGGGAGGCAGGGGCCUGGACCUUGCUGCCUUUAGAGUGGAGGAUGUAAUGACUUGGGGAAUUCAAAGAGCGAGACACAGAGGGAGAGAAAGGGGGAAAGACAGAGAGACAGCGGGGGAGAGAGAGAGAGAGACAGCGGGGGAGAGAGAGAGACAGUGGGGGAGAGAGAGAGAGACAGCGAGGGAGAGAGACAGCGAGGGAGAGAGAGAGACAGCGAGGGGAGCGAGAGAGAGACAGCGGGGGAGAGAGAGAGAGAGAUAGCGUGGGGAGAGAGAGAGAGAGAGAGAGACAGCGGGGGAGAGAGAGAGACAGCGGGAGAGAGCGAGAGAGACAGCGGGGGAGAGAGAGAGAGACAGCGAGGGAGAGAGAGAGAGAGAGACAGUGCGGGAGAGAGAGACAGUGAGGGAGAGAGAGAGACAGAGAGAGAGAGACAGUGAGGGAAAGAGAGAGAGAGACAGUGGGGGAGAGAGAGACAUCGAUGGAGAGAGGGAGAGAGACAGCGGGAGAGAGACAGCGACAGAGAGAGAGACAGCAGGAGAGAGAGAGACAGCGGGAGAGAGAGAGAGACAGCGGGAGAGAGAGAGAGAGAGAGAGACAGCAAGGCAUCGAGGGAGAGAGGGAGAGAGACAGCGAGGGAGAGAGAGAGAGAGAAAGACAGCAAGGGAGAGAGAGAGAGACAGCGGGAGAGAGAGAGACAGCGAGGGAGAGAGAGAGACAGCGGGAGAGAGAGAGCGGGGGAGAGAGCGAGAGAGACAGUGAGGAGAGCGAGAGAGAGAGACAGCAAGGCAUCGAGGGAGAGAGGGAGAGAGACAGCGAGGGAGAGAGAGAGAGAGAAAGACAGCAAGGGAGAGAGAGAGAGACAGCGGGAGAGAGAGAGACAGCGAGGGAGAGAGAGAGACAGCGGGAGAGAGAGAGCGAGAGAGACAGUGAGGAAGAGCGAGAGAGAGAGACAGCAAGGGAGAGAGAGAGAGACAGCGGGGAGAGAGAGAGAGACAGCGAUGGAGAGAGCGACAGCGAUAGAGAGAGAGAGAGAGAGACAGCGAGGGAGAGAGAGAGAGACAGCGGGGAGAGAGAGAGCGGGGGAGAGAGAGACAGCGAGGGAGAGAGGGAGAGAGACAGCGAUAGAGAGAGAGAGAGAGACAGCGAUGGAGAGAGAGAGAGCGACAGCGAGGGAGAGAGAGAGAGAUAGAGAGAGAGACAGACUCAGUGAGCAUAGCCUUGCUAUUGAGAAAGGCCGACGUAGGCAGACCUGGCUCUCAAGAGAAGACCUCCUGACCAUAUUAGACACAUAUUUCCCCCAGAUUACACAGAUCAACGAAGAAAUCGAAAACAAACCCAAUUUUGAUAAACUCCCUUAUCUACUGGGUGAAAUACCACAGUGUGCCAUCACAGCUGCAAGAUUUGUGACCUGUUGCCACAAGAAAAGGGCAACCAGUGAAGAACAAAAUAUUUAUGUUUAUUUACUUUCCCAUUUGUACUUUAACUAUUUGCACAUCAUUACAACACUGUAUAUAUACAUAAUAUGACAUUUGAAAUGUCUUUAUUCUUUUGGAACUUCUGAGUGUAAUGUUUACUGUUAAUAUUUAUUGUUUAUUUCACUUUUGUUUACUAUCUACUUCACUUGCUUUGGCAAUGUUAACAUACGUUUCCCAUGCCAAUAAAGCCCUUCAAUUGAAAUUGAAUUGAAUUGAGAGAGACAGCGAGGGAGAGAGAGAGAGAGAGACAGCGAGGGAGAGAGAGAGAGAGACAGCGGGGGAGAGAGAGGGAGAGAGAGAGAGACGGCAAGGGAGAGAGCGAGAGAGACAGUGGGGGAGAGACAGAGAGAGACAGCGAGGGAGAGAGAGAGAGAGACAGUGGGGGAGAGACAGAGAGAGACAGCGGGGUAGAGAAAGAGAGAGAUACAGCCAGGGGGGGGGGGGGGGGGGGGGAGAGAGGGAGCGAGGGAGCGAGAGAGAGAGUCAGCGGGGGAGAGAGAGAGAGACAGCGAGGGAGAGAGAGAAAGAGACAGCGAGGGACAGAGAGAGACAGCGAGGGAGAGACAGCGAGGGAGAGAGAGAGAAACAGCGAGGGAGAGAGAGAGAGAGACAGCGGGGGGAGAGAGAGAGAGACAAGCGAGGAGAGAGAGAGAGAGACAAGCGAGGGAACAGAGAGAGACAGCGAGGGAGAGAGAGAGAGACAGCGGAGGGGAGAGAAGAGAGAGGAACAGAUGAGGGGGGAGAGAGAGACAUCGGGGGGGGAGAGAGAGACGGGGAGAGCGAGAGAGAAGACAGCGGGGGAGAGAGAGAGAGACAGCGGGGGAGAGAGACAGCGGGGGAGAGAGAGAGAGACAGCGAGGGGGAGAGAGAGAGAGACAGCGGGGGAGAGAGAGAGAGACAGCGGGGGAGAGAGACAGCGAGGGAGAUAGAGAGAGACAGCGGGGGGGAGAGACAGCGGGGGAGAGAGACAGCGGGGGAGAGAGAGAGAGACAGCGAGGGGGAGAGAGACAGAAGCCAUGUUUGUCUGCCGUUAACAUGCGCCCUUCUUCCUGAUCUUGACCUGAUCCUGUCUGUUUACACUUAUAAUCACAAUCAGAUCACAAUGCGUCUUUUAAUCAUCUAAUUGUCUGAUUUUUUUUUUUAAAGAUCACAACAAAGGCUGCAUGUUAGAACCAGGUAUAAACAGGGCUAGAGAGACAUAUGUGUUUUUGUGUCCUUCUCCUUCCCCCUCUUCUCCUCCUUGAGUUGAAAGUUGUUUCUUUCAGUUUGAAUGUUAAUCUGGUUAUGUUGCUAUAGCUACACACCUGUGAACUGAAGAUUGGGAGCUGUUGCCUGGAAUGUUAUUGACAUUGAGAUUCGUGGAGACUACAGAUAAUUAUCCUAACUCUUAAGGUGUUAGAGAGAGAGAAUUAACUCCAAGGUGUUUCAAGUUGAACAGUCUAGCAGUUUUAAGACUCCUCCUGGUAUUUAAAGUCCUAAUGAAUUCAUGUUUCUUCUCUUUCUACAGGUCUCAGGCUCGGUUAACAUCUACGAACCACUGAAGAGGCUCUGA